AUGGCGCUGCCGCUGCUCCUGCUCUCCAGGCUGUCCCGCGCUCUGCCCCUCGCCUCCUCCUCCUCCUGCUGCUGCGGACGGGAAGCCGCCGCCGCUCCCCUCCGUCUGGGCGGUUUGCCCUUUUCGGGUCGCCGGCGGCGCUUCGGGACGCACUCGGCCAAGGAGCCGGUGGAGCCGCUGAGCACGGAGCAGGGAUCCCGCGACUUCGUGUGCAGCCUCCACUGGACCGAGAGGGCGGGUCUGCUGAGGGAGCUGCGGAGGUUCGAGUCCUUGGCCGCAGCGCAAGCAUCCCCUGGACACCGCUACUCCAGAACACAGAUUCCAGUAAGCAGGACGUGGAGAGAUCUGGCCGCAGCAGGUGAAACAAUGGAAAUUAAGCCUCCAUCAUCAGCCCAGAGACGAUAUGUGUUUCUUCACAGUGCAAUACCUUUUGUAGGAUUUGGCUUUUUGGACAACGCUAUAAUGAUUGUUGCAGGGACACAGAUUGAGCUGUCCAUUGGAGUUAUCUUUGGAAUUUCUACCAUGGCAGCUGCAGCACUGGGGAACCUUGUGUCUGAUGUUGCUGGCCUGGGUCUUGCAGGAUAUGUCGAGGCCCUUGCAUAUAGACUAGGGCUGCCAUGUCCUGAUCUAUCACCAAAACAAGCUGACAUGUGGCAGACUCGGGUUAGUUCGCAACUGGGCAAGGUUAUCGGUGUGACUAUAGGCUGCUGCCUUGGAAUGUUUCCUUUGCUUUUCUUGAAAAGUGAUGAAGAAGAAAUCCCAGAAGAAACUGCAAAGUUAAUUGAAGAAAACACUAUUGACCAGAAAUAAACUUAUUUUCCCUUGAGUAUUGAAAGUGAAUUUUGAUUAUGAAGCAACCCUGGAACAACAACUACAGCGAACAAUAACUACAGUCCAACAAGGGUAAAAGUGCAACUCAAGCCAAAAAGGCUUGCAACCCAAGCCAGGAAGUUGUGAAAUGCAGAAUAGGAAAUUAAUACUCUUGAGUAAUUCUCUUGGAUAGAAUCUAAUGAGCCUUUUUGGGACUGGUCGUGUAUAAAUUUAUUGAAACACUAAUUUAUUUGACUUGCAUUUAAGUGGUCUCUACAAAUGAGACAAGUUUUACAAUGUCAGACUAUUUUGUUCACUAAUAUCUUAAAUGUUGCCCAGGUGCAAUGAACGUGACAACAUUUAAUCCAAUAAUGAAAUUCUACUCUACUAAUUGAUCAAAGUUAAUUAUCUAGAUGAUUUAGUUUCCUAUUUGGAAAUUAUUUUUUAAUUGUAUGGAUUUCAAAGUUAGCCCAAGUUAGAUGGUAUUAUGAAUUGGUAAUUGUAAGAUGUGUGUGUGCAUUUUUGUAAGUGUGUUUUAAUUGUACAAAGUUGUAGAGGGUGCUGGUCACACUGUGUUAAGAGUUUGUCUAUUUCCACAUUGUUUUUCUGCACAAGAAUCAUAGAAUAGGAUCAUAAAAAUUACAGUACAGAAGGAAGGCCAUUGAGCCCUUCAAGCCUAUGCUGGUGCUAACUCCUCCACUGAAGCCAAUGACUCUUAAUCCACAAAGUUUGCCCUCACCCCUUAUUCAAAUGGCCAAGACUGAAGCCUUCUAUCUUGGCGCCUGCCAAUGUCCCCUCAUUUCUGGCUCUGACACCUCAACCUCAUCAGGCUCUCUUAAACUCACUGAACCAGUGUCCAACUUCUGAGUCUAGUUCAGUUCUUAGCUCUCCUUUUCUUACAUUGGUUCUUGGACUAAGACUACUUUUCUUCACUUCUGCCACAUUAUCACUUCUGUUCCUACCUCAUUCUGAAUGUGGCUGAAAACAUUAUCCAUGCCUUUAUUACUUCUCAUCUGGCCUUUUAAAAUGCAUUCCUUGCUCGUCUCCCUAGCUUCACCAUCCAUGAACUUCAAUUUAUUCAAAACUGCAUGUCUAUUAACCUACUUCUUGUCAGGUUUCAUCGGCUCCCUGGUCUGAGGAUUUCAAGAUGCUCACCUACAAAUACUACAUGUCUUUACACCACCCUGUCUCUCCAAUCUCUUCCUACCCACUCCUCUGCUCAUCCCCUCCACUUGAUGAACUCAGACUUGCUACAUGUACCUGCUGUAUUUUAUCUGUAGCUGGGCUUUCUCAUUCUACACCCCCUAACCUUAUCUCAUUCUACCCUUCUGUUUCAUCCCCUAUAUUGGUCUUCGGGUCCCACCUUAAAUUUACCUCUUUGACUGUGCCUAUGAUCUUUUGCUCUGUGUUUCCCCGACACGUAAAGUGCUCUUGUUAUUUUUCAUGAAAUGCAAGUUGCUUAUUCGACAUCCGUUUAAAUGUUAUAAACUCAACAAAUAGCUCUUAACAAAGUAGUCUUUGGUCAAACUCUCAGCUUAACUUUCUUUUAUACCCUGCUUAACUCAUAUCUCUCUAUCCUGACCAGUGUGAAUAAUAUUUCACUCUCUGUCCUCAAAACUACUGGAACUUUGACUUGCUUCAUUUGAACAAUGAAUGAUCACUUGAUAGUGAUAAAUGUCACUGUAAUCACUUAAUAAUAUUUGAUUCUACAACUUGUGCUGAAAGGUGAGCUAUCUGUUUCAGCCACUGUAUUCUUACAAAUGCCAACUCACUCUGCAUAACUUUAAAUCUACUGGUUAUCAGUUUAUUCUAAUUGUUUGCCUUUUCUGCUUUAUGGUUAUAUUUUAGUGUUUUUCAUAUUUACCACUAUCCUGUUUUGACCUUUAAUUAGCGUUAGCACAAAAGAAAAUCUGAGCUUUGGGCAUAUGUUUGCUUGUGCAAAUUUUAAACUUUCCCUAUUUUAUUCUUUCCUAUUUGGGAAAUCAUAAAUGAUUUGUUGAAUCUGGAUGGGUCAUUGAAUCAUUGCACAAAAUAAUUUGAAUUGUACAGUGUGUGAAAUAGACUCCCUUAACAGUGAAUAAUCUGGAUCCAAUUGAUUCGUAUUAGGCACUUAUCAAAUAAUAAACACGAACAAAAUUA